CCCCAGCGGGCGCGGAGCUGCCCGCCUGGCCGCAAGCUCCGCCCCCCCGCCGGCCUCGCCCCGCCCUCCCACGCGGCUCAAACUGAAGAGCCAACCAGGUUCCCGCAACGCGUCUCUGUCCCCAGCCGGCAUCUGCCUCGGACCCCCAUGUGGGUGGGGUCAGCAGUGGGCGGGGUCAUCUCCUGGAAGGAGUCAUCUCCCAGGCCGGGACUUCACGUCGUUAGCCCCGCUUCUGAGAGAGUACCUGAGGGGACUGGCUUCGUGCGCAGUGGGGAGGGCUUGUGCUACCCUGCAGCCAAGAGAAGCCGGGUUGACGAGCUCAAGGACAGGCAUACCCCUCUGGCGGGUGGAAGCACCUACCUGGUCCUUGGGCCAGUGCCAGUCCGCUUCCCUCUCCAGGUGGACACCCCGUCGCACAGAGUGGGACCAGAGGACAGCCCUGGGUCCCUCAGGAUCACCUGUCACCCAGAAGCCUCCGUCACGCCGUGUCCCCGAACACCAUGUCAGAUAGAGACAUCUUGGCAGCUACUCCUGGUUGGUGCAGUCCUGCACCUAAAGAAAGAUUGUGGCCGCAAAGAAGAUGAAAAAGGCACUGGAGUCAAUCAACUCCAGGCUCCAACUUGUUGUGGAAAGUGGAAAUUACCUGCUAAGGUACAAACGACUCUGAAAAUGAUCAGACAUAGCAGAAAAUUGGUCCUCCUUGCCAACGACUGCCCAGUCUUGAGGAAAUCUGGAAUAGAAGAUGGCGCCAUGUUGGCCAAAACUGGCAUCCAUCACUACAGUCGCAAUAAUAUUGAAUUAAGCACAGCCUGUGGGAAAUACCACAGAAUACGUUCGCCAGCCACCAUUGAUCCAGGGGUUCUGGUAUCAUUAGAAGCAUGCCGGAACAGAUGGGUGAAAGGUAAAUCAUGCAAAAUGUUACCUUAAUAAAACUGACCAGAGCUUGUCUAAAAAGAAAAAGAAAAAUGUAACCAUCUUAUACAUGCCCUCAGCAGAGACCAAUAUCUUAAUUAGAAGGAUAAAACCAGAGAGAUUCAAAUUAAAAGCUCAUUGAGAUACCACCUUACACCAGUUAGA